AUGUCCAGCCGCAGCGCCCUCGAAAACGCCCAAAUCUUCUGCCGGGACAAUCCCAAGAGCCCGCUGUGCAAUGACGUGCCCGGCUUCUACGAGUACCGGAUCGAUCUCGCGCCGAAUGCCGCUCACCCGGCGCGGCGUGGCCUUCAACGUGGCGCUGAUUCUCGGCCUCAUCUGCGAGGUGCUGGGGUAUCUGGGCCGGAUCCUCAGCUGGCACAAUCCGUGGGACGAGAACGGCUUCAUGAUUCAGAUAUGCUGCCUGACGAUUGGGCCGGCCUUCAUGGCGGCCGGCUGCUACCUGUGCCUGAGGAGGAUCGUGAGCGCCUUUGGGCCGGAGAACUCGAGGCUGCCGCCCGAGUACUACACGCGCAUUGUGAGUGCAUGUCACGAUGGGCCUCAAUGUCCUUUCGCUCUGCUAACACGGGUCAACCCGCCCAGUUCAUCCCCUGCGACGUCGUCUCGCUCGUGCUGCAGGCCGUGGGCGGCGCCUUGGCCGCGACGGCCGCGCACAACCACGAGUCUGCCAGUCUCGGGUCCAACAUCAUGAUUGCCGGGCUGGCCUUCCAGGUGGCGACGAUGCUGGGCUUCAUCACGGCCGCGUCCGACUUUGCCCUCCGCACAUACCGUCGCUACCGGGCGCAGGGCGCGUCGGCGCUGUCCCAGGACGCCGCGCUGGUGCGGAUGCGGCGCACGCUACGGUUCAAGCUCUUUCUCGGCGCGCUGUCGCUUGCCUCGGUGCUGAUCCUGUGGCGGAGCGCCUUUCGCGUCGCCGAGCUGAGCGAGGGCUGGACGGGGCCCAUCAUGGCCGACCAGGGCAUGUUUGUCGGCUUCGAGGGCGUCCUCAUCGUCGUGGCCGUGCUGGCCUUGAACGUGUUCCACCCUGGCAUCUGUGCCAAGGAGCUGUUUGCCGGCGGCGGCGGUCUGAAGGGAUGCUGGUGCAUGCGUAGGAAGAAGGGCGCUGCGGCAAAGGACGCGAGGAGUCUGAGUGAUGGGGAGUCCAAGCCUGCGUAUGCCUCUGCGUAG